AUGGCCUCCCUUGCUGCAUCAAAUGCAGAAUUUGGCUUUGACUUAUUCAGAGAGAUGGAUAGCAGUCAAGGAAAUGGAAAUGUAUUCUUCUCUUCGCUGAGCAUCUUCACUGCUCUGGCCCUAAUCCGUUUGGGUGCUCGAGGUGACUGUGCACGUCAAAUUGACAAGGCACUUUACUUUAACAUCCCAUCAAGACAAGGAAACUCUUCUAACAAUCAGCCAGGGCUGCAGUAUCAAUUGAAAAGAGUUCUCGCUGACAUAAACUCAUCUCAUAAGGAUUAUGAACUCAGCAUUGUCAAUGGACUUUUUGCAGAGAAAGUGUAUGACUUUCAUAAGAGCUACAUUGACUGUGCUGAAAAGUUAUACAACGCCAAAGUGGAAAGAGUUGACUUCACAAAUGACAUAGAAGUAACCAGAUAUAAAAUUAAUAAAUGGAUUGAAAAUGAGACACAUGGCAAAAUCAAGAAGGUCCUAGGUGGCAACAGCCUCAGCUCAUCGGCUGUCAUGGUGCUGGUGAAUGCUGUUUACUUCAAAGGCAAAUGGAAAUCUGCUUUCACCAAGAGUGAGACCCUCAGUUGCCGCUUCAGGUCUCCCACGUGUCCUGGGAAAGCUGUUGCUAUGAUGCACCAAGAACGAAGGUUCAAUUUGUCGACAAUUCAGGAUCCACCCAUGCGGGUUCUUGAGCUGCAAUAUCAUGGCGGCAUAAGCAUGUACAUCAUGCUGCCCGAGAAUGAUCUAUCCCAAAUUGAAGGCAAGCUGAGCUUUCGGAAUCUAAUGAACUGGACCAGUAGGAGGAAAAUGAAAUCUCAGUACGUGAAUGUGUUUCUUCCUCAGUUCAAGAUAGAGAAGAAUUAUGAAAUGAGAAGCCAUUUGAAAUCUUUAGGGUUGAAAGAUAUCUUUGAUGAGUCCAGUGCAGAUCUCUCUGGAAUUGCUUCUGGAGGUCGUCUCUAUGUAUCAAAGCUAAUGCACAAGUCAUUCAUAGAGGUCAUGGAGGACGGCACAGAGGCCUCUGCUGCCACAGAAAGUAACAUCGUUGAGAAGCUGCUUCCCGAAUCCACAGUGUUCAGAGCUGAUCGCCCCUUUCUGUUUGUCAUCAGGAAGAACGGCAUCAUCUUAUUCACUGGAAAAGUCUCCUGUCCUUAA